AUGGCUGUCCAAGUCUUCGUUCAGGCCAACAAUGUCCUUGCGUUCUUCAGCAUCGCAGCUGCGGUUUUCUUACUGCAGAAGAUUUUGUUCACGCCCGGAACCAAGUAUCACUACCCUCCUGGGCCAAAGGGGAUUCCUGUGUUUGGCAACUUAUUUCAGAUGCCACAGAAAUAUCCUGGGCCACGACUGAUGGAAUGGGCGAAAGAAUAUGGAGACAUGUUCACGUUGAAACUUGGUUCGAGAAAAUGGGUCUUUCUGAAUUCCACCGAAGCAGUUCGAGAUCUCUUGGACAGGCGCGGGAGACUCUACAUUAGUCGACCAGUAUUUGCGAUUACUCAAGACAUUGCGUUCGGCGGCAAGAGGGUAGUAUUGAUGGGGUAUACGGAGACUUGGAGAAACCUCCGGAAAGUAAUGCACCAGCUCCUUAUGGCCAGUAAUCAAGAAACAUACAAGCCAUUCCAGGACGUAGAGUCCAAGACAAUGGUCUGGCAAUUUUUGAAAUCUCCAGAAAGAUUCUAUGAGCAUGCAGCUCGUUAUUCAAACUAUGACCUGUUGAUGGAUGUUGUAUUCGGUCGGCGGACCAGCAUGCAGGAGGAGAAUACUAGGCUGCUUUUCUCUACCAGCGAAGACUUCUUAUCAUCACAGGCCACACCCAGUACUACCUUAGCGGAACAAUUUCCAGGGUUCGUAAAAGCGUUGCCCAAGCCUUUACAAUGGUUCCGACCCAACGCAGAAAGGAUAUACAAGAAGACUUUUGGUGUCUAUACCGCUUUCCUGAAUGAGCUUGCGCAACGUGUCAAAGAUGGGCAGGACCCCCAAUGUUUUGCUCGAGGUCUGACUGAUGUGGCCGAGAAAUACGGCUUUGACGAAACCCAGAAGGCUUUCUGCGUCGGUACCAUAAUCGAAGCUGGAAGCGACACAACCCGGAAUCAGGUGAUUAUAUUGAUUGCAACUGCAGCAAAGUUUCCGGAAUGGGUCGCCACUGUACGGAGGGAGCUUGAUAAGGUCUGCGGUGACGCCGAGAGAUUGCCCACAUUCGAUGAUUGGAACGAGCUACCGUAUAUGAUAGCAGUGAUCAAAGAAAGUCUCAGAUGGCGUUCCAAUCUAACAGUACCGGGAGUGCCCAGGACCUUGAUUGAGGAUGAUGAAUACCGUGGCUUCAAAUUCGAGAAAGGGACCAUUUUCACCUUCAACAACUUCGCAAUCUGCCAUAACGAGAGAGAAUUCUCCCAGAAUGAGUAUUUCAGGCCGGAACGGCAUCUAAACGCAGAUCUUCAGGAUGCACUUAAAGGCCAUUUAGGCUUUGGCGCAGGGCGACGGCUUUGUCCAGGCCAUCACGUGGCAAUGAGAAAUAUGUUCAUCACCUUCUCGCGGCUGCUUUAUUACUUCGACUUCAAGGAAGUCCCAGGAGCACCGAUUAAUGACUGGGAAAUUGAAGCCAUGGCCCAUGAAAAAGCACCUUACGAAAUCCAAAUCAUUCCCAGAAGCGAAGCACAUGUGCGACUUAUUGAAAGAGAAUGUGAACAACUAACAAUGGAAUUGAAUGAAUUGGAAAAGGGGAAAUGA